CCGAGAGGAGAAGGACCAUGUCUCUGUACCGCAACUCCGCCUGGUUCCUCAAGGGAGUGACCGAGUUCACUAAGAAUGCCUUCAUAUCAGCGUCCAAGCGGUUUGUGGAGAAGGACCUGGAGAUCUCCAUGGCCGGCCGCUCAUUCAUGAUCACAGGAGCCAACAGCGGCAUCGGCAGGGCCACUGCCAUGGCUAUCGCCAAGAAAGGUGGGACCGUCCACAUGGUGUGCAGAAACAAGGACAAGGCAGAGGAGGCCAGAGCGGACAUCGUGAAAGAGUCCGGGAACAAGGAGAUCUUUGUCCACAUCCUGGACCUCUCUGAGACAAAGAAGGUGUGGGAGUUUGCAGAGUCCUUCAAAAGGAAGUACAAGUCCCUGAACGUAUUGAUCAACAAUGCAGGCUGCAUAAUGAGCCAGAGGGAGGAGAACGCAGAGGGGCUGGAGAAAAGCUUUGCCAGCAAUGUCCUGGGUGUGUACAUUCUGACUAAGAGUCUUAUUGCUCUACUGGAGAAGAGUGCCGAGCCCAGGGUGGUCACAGUCUCUUCAGGGGGCAUGCUGGUGCAGAAGCUGAGGACCGGGAACCUGCAGACCGACCGGGGCCGCUACGAUGGAGCAAUGGUGUACGCCCAGAACAAGAGACAGCAGGUGGUCAUAACAGAGCAGCUGGCCAAGAACCACCUUAACAUCCACUUCUCCGUCAUGCACCCCGGCUGGGUGGACACCCCAGCGCGUGGCCUACGCCCAUUGCCAGACCCGGUUCCACAGCUCCAUGAGGAGCAGCCUCUGCGGACCCCAGAGCAGGGGGCUGACACCGCUGUGUGGCUGGCCGUCUCCGAUGCCGCCGCAACCAUGCCCAGCGGACACUUCUACCAAGACCGUAAGAUGGUGUCCGCCCACCUGCCUCUGGCCUGGACCCGCAGCUCUUCCCUGGAGGAGCAGAAGUUCAUGUCUUCACUGGAGGACUUGGCCAAGAGUCACCAGCCCCACUGAAGCCCCCGCAGACCCUCCUGGAUACAGUCACCGUGUUAGGGGGUUCAGGGGCCCACACAGGUGCACUUCAGGACCUUAAUCUGUGCAUUGGCAACAGAAGCAUCAGUAACUUAAUGAGCUGCACCUCUUUUCACCUCCACGCUCUAAGGCGUGUUAAAGUGAGCACUAACAACAUCUAAGGUUUCCUAACCCAGGGAUGUACUCCGGCCAAGUACAAAGACAUCAACAUUAAUCCGAUUUUCUUCCGAUUCAUUUUGCAGCUGAGCUAUUAUCACAAGGAACACUUUGUCAGGAAUUUGGAAAAAAACAAAGCCUUCCCUUUUAAUUAACAUCCACAAUUUAAAAGUUCGCAACAUGCAAAAUUAUUUUGUAUUUAACAUGUUUGAACUGUUUGUGAAGGUCUUGACAUUUAUUGAUUAUUAAUUAAUUACUACCUGGAUACCUUUGAAGCAUGUUUUAUCAGUGAUGCUGCACUUAGUCUUGGUCUUUCUGAACAUAAACUAUAAUGAGAGGGCAAGUUUAUCGCACACAGGUGCACAAUAAGUCUCGCUCUACUAUCACACUCAGUGACUUCAAGAAAGUUGUCAAUCAGAUGGGAAUCUGAUGUGACCAAAGUCACACUCUCACCCACACACACGGUGCACAUUUGUAUCACAGGUCCAUCCAUGGCCACACACUCAACGUGACAUUCUAGUCUCAGCCCACCCGUCAUCGCCAACUGUCGUCCUUGUCUGUCUCGUCAAAUUUCCUUUUUUUCUCCUUAAGCGCGCUGCUGUUGUGCUUGCUGCUACUGUUGCUUCCUUGCCUGGCUGAGCUCAGACUGAAGAUCAAGUGUGCCUGCUUCUCCCCCCCCCCCCCCCCAAGGGCAGCAUCACACUGGAAAUGUGCAAUAUUAAUGUUUCUUAUCCACUAAUAAACGUUGAACUUGUUCUGUAAACACAUGCUAGAUUGAGAUAAAAUAACAGUGGUGAAAACUCUU